UCGAUAUGCACUCAUAAACAUUCCUUAGCCUGUUUAUAGAUCUUUUGUUUGCACUUUUUUCAACUAUUAAUUUAAACAUACUCUUUAUCUUUAUGUGGGAAAAUACUUCUAAUAACAAUUUGCAUGAUAGUUGUAUUUGAUCCAAUAAUGCAAAAUACACAAAAUAGCACUGGUAGGCACGCCAGACAACAGCAACAGCAAUCGUAUCAGCAAGGGCACUCUCAUCAUCACCACUACUCAUCAGAAAACAACAAAUCACCAUCAUCUAUACCGCCCAAUUCGUUAGCAGUCUCCAAGUCGUAUGUACACGCGCCGGCUUCCACCACUUCUGACGAUACUGACUUCCACGAAUCGGAUGCAAGGUAUGAAUGUGCCAUUUGUAUUCAUUGGCUUAAUGAACCUGUGAUCACCAAAUGUGGCCACCGGUUUUGCAAAUCAUGUCUGAUGGAAUGGCUCAGCAAUCACCAUCAGUGCUGCCCAUUGGACAACACAAAACUUUCUACAGAUCACGAUAUUUUUCCCGAUAACUUUACUAGGCGCGAGAUUGAACAACUCAAACACAAGUGUCCUAACUCACCACUGGGUUGUGCAGUAGUAGCAUCACCAAUAGAAGUGGAUCGUCACUUGCCAACUUGUCCGUAUAGAAGACUGGAAAACGCCGAAGAAAAAUGCCCCUUUGCAAGUGUAAAAUGCGGCUUCAUUGGACGUCCAGAAACAAAUGCACUCGAAGAACAUCUCAAAGAGGACAUGCCACAUCAUAUGCAACUUAUGCUCCAAGCAUUUCAGCAAACUGCUAUUUCCACCUGGAAUCCACAAAAACCGACAUCUGCGAGUGGUGGCAAAGUAAAUGGUGCGUUACCGCCACCGCCACCGCAAUAUGCAAAUGAAGCAGACGAGCAACUCAUCCAAACAAUGUACCAACGUAUUGUAGUAUUAGAACAACGUGUUCGUGAGCAGGAUGUGAAGCUGGAAAAUCUUACCAAGCAAUUGGUUACGCGCCCACAAAUUGAUCCACGCUACAGUAAUGGAACCAUCGUAUGGGAAAUAACAAAUUUUCGUAGCGUGGUAGAACAACUGCGUACCGAUGCAAAUAAUUUACUUUACUCACGUGAUUUUUAUACCUCGCCACAUGGCUACCGGUUCUGUGCACGUCUUAACAUACAACCACGAAACGUCAAUUUACUAAGUCUACAUGUCCAUUUAAUGCAAUCGGAAAACGAUUUUCAUUUAGAUUGGCCAUUUAAGGGACGCAUCAAGCUGUGUAUGAUACAUCCUCACAACCCCAGUCUCUCGCAACAUGAUACAAUUAUGACAAAACCAGAAGUUAUGGCCUUCCAUAAACCCCAAGAACGCAUAAGCACUCGAGGAUUUGGUUUUGUUGAGUAUGCUAAAAUAGUGGAUGUCAUGCAAAAAGGCUUCUGUGAGGAUGAAAAGAUUAUCAUUAAAAUACAAAUAAACAUAGUUUAAUGCCAGUCAAAAAGAAUACGCAAACUCUGGAGCUGCUAGAGCAUGCAAAUGUGAAACGGAUCGAAUAUUACGGCAAGAGGUAUAAAGUGUCAAAAGCCACUUUGUUAAGAUACAGUUUUUGUGCAUCAAAUAUUAUGCGUACGUGCAUACAAUAAAUUGUACUAGUACUGGAAAUGCGCACACAGAUGUCAAUAGGGAUGGCCAAGCAUUAGGAAUAAACUAAAUUAUUAAUUAGUAGUGAAAUAUUCCGAGGAGCUACUAAACUAGCAUUUCUUUAGAACUAAACAUCUAAGUAACAGCUCCACUGCUAUACAAAAAAUUAACACCUAUACAUUUUUUCUUCAGUUUAGUCAUUUUUGUCUAGAUGUUUGAGACCAACUCAACUAGAAAAACUCUAACCGAGCUUAAUAGCAUACAAAAGUAUUUAUAUACCAUGAAAAAUAGUAAGAAUCUGAAGCAAAAUUUAAUAUUAACAUUACAUAACUACAUACAUAUUUGUUAUACACCCCUAAAUCAACUAUUUGUUGGGUUGCGAUAUUUAUGAACUUAAUUCGAAAAUCAGGUGGCAUUAUUAA